AGGAAGAUGAAGUUGCUAAAAUUUCUUUCCCUUGGGGCUAUAACAAAAUAUUGCUAUACAAAAUAAACCAAAUUAAUUUUUGUUUUUACAUUGAACUAUGAUUUCAUUGUUUAUUUCAGUAGAGUAUAAUCAUUCGUCAACUUCAUUUGAUGUCCCGAAUCUCUUUUCAAAAAAUUCGCAAUGGAAACUUAUACUAUUUUUAAAAUCUUGCCUCUCCGAAUGGGCUUAUUGUAUGAGCCCAUUAACAUGGAGGGGGCAUGAGCAGUGGCUGACCAUCUAUAACUGGAGCAAACACAAAGCCACCGCACAUGGCACUCGGUGCACUUGCACUCUUGGCCAUGUGGAGGCCGACUUAAUCAAUGGGAACUCUCGCUGGGAAUGGGAGCCGAAUGGAGCCAGUCUGGCGAGCGUGGGCGGGGGUGAAGGGUGCUCGUGGCUCGGGUAUCCAUGGAGAGUUCGGGCAUGUGGGGAUGCUCUUUGUUCAAAUGCGGAACUAUUGAUUUUGCAAUAAAAGUGCGCGCGCAGAACCGAGAUUUGUGCCAAAUGCGAGAGCAGCGAAUUUCCCGAGACCCGCCACGAUGUGUGGCAUGUUGUCGGCGGUCAGUGAGGAGAGUGCCGGAGAGCUGCAGAGCUGGAAAACCCGGAGACCAAGCCGAGCCGAAUGCAGUCGCCAGUGCGGAGCAGAAAGCCUUUGGUCACGAGCCACCAGCUGCCAGUAACUCGAAGGAAAAAAUAGUUACCACAAAAUACAGCACAGCUCCAGAAUUACCAAAUAAUUGUAGAUAAUUUAUAGAGCCCAAUAAUUACCGAAUAAUAGUUAUUGGAAAGAGAAAAACCAAAGGAAUCCCUUCCAGACGAGUGAAUCCCUCGGAAAAGCCCUCGGCACGUGAUGCAACUAACGUAUGGAUGGGGACACCAGUGAUUAAAGUGAAUUUCAGUGGGGUCAGCUAGCCAAAAAUCGAUAGGUUGGACUAUCCGAAAGUCGUGUCCUCCAGCUGGAAACGUGCGCAGCCUGCAAAGUUUGCUAAGGACCAAAGGCAAAGCCAGAGGAAAAUCUCAACCUACGCAGGGUUAUAUAACAUACAACACCGCCCACGCAGUUUUUCAGCUAAAUCGAUAGACUAAAAACCGCGACAUGACGAGCUUCUAAUUGGAUUGCACGCGAGGGAUUAACCACUGGGUUUUAGAGGCGCCACCACCACUUCUAAUACUAAUACCAGGAAUUACAGGGUAAUUGAGAGCAGUACUCAACGAGAUGGGCAAGAAGAAGGUGCCCGUUGAGGACCUAGUGGUCCCACCGCAGGACACACGGAUAUGCGGCACCAUAUGCAUCUGCCAGAUGACCCUGGUCCUGAGCUCCGUGGCGCUGGUCUACCUAACGGUGGCCAUUUACAUGCCCUCCACCAGGGCCUUCAAAAGCGGCAUCGAUCCCACGCCGGUCAUGUGCACCACCACGCGGGCGGUGAACAAGGAUAACUGCGAGUGGGGCAGCUGCGGGGAGUGGUGCCUGAGCAAGACCUCCGGCGCCUGCAUCCAGAUCUACGUGAACCUCCGCAGCAAUGGCAGCAACCUCAUAUUCCAGAAUUGCACCAAUUCGGCGAAUAAAACAUGCUAUGGCAUUGACCAGGAUCGGGCCGACAAGGCCAGGUGCAUCAACGAUGAGUGCAAGAAUCUCACGGGUACCUUCAACUGCACCGCUGGCCAGUGCCUGAACAUCACGGAUGCCUUCGAGUGCGUCUUCCACAACAGCGAUGCACCGGUCAAGUGUUCCGGGCGGCGGGGAAAGAUCAACUGCAUGGACAUCAGUGGUCUGUACUCGUGCAGUCGCGGGACCUGCCGGAAGAUAAGGACUCCCUACAACUGCGACCGGAGGUGUGUGGACAUACCCACCCGGAACAAGAACGUGGUGGUCCUCAGUGGGGACAAGGUCUAUCUAUCGCAGUGUCAGAAUGCCAUCAACGCGGAGACCCUCGAAGAAGUCUGGAACGAGUCGAAUGACAAUGUGGCCAUGACAUCGUGCUACUUCAUCAAGAACACGUCGGAUCAGGUGGAUGCAGUGGACUGCAUCAAUGGUUCGACCCUGGAGCACAACAUGCUCAGCGAUCUGACCAACUUCACAUAUCUGAGCCACCUGCACGUUUCGGUGGCCACCCCGGUGCCGGAGAUAGCACCGCCCGAUGUGGAUCUGACCAUUUCCAAUGAGUCCAAGCUGAUGAUCAACCUGGAGGGGUGCGUGAACACCCUGAUGGACGAGUGCAAGGAGUUCCUCAAGGACUUCGGCCGGGAUGGCAGCGAUCACAAUGCCAGGGCUCGCUUCCCCUGCUUCUAUUCGCCCGGCAAGAAGGAUGUGGUGGUGGCCCGCUUCGACCUGGAGGUCACCUAUCGCCAGUUUGUGUUCGCCUCGGUGGUGCCAUCGGUUCUGUUUGUGGUCUCCUGUUCGAUCCUCAUCAUGUGCCAGACCACCGUUUACGUGGGCGACGAUGCCAAGAUGCGGUUCAAGGGGCAUUCCUCUGCUCCAGGAAGACAGUCCGACACACCAGACGGGAGUCUUCGCUUUGCAAUAAUUGGAGUUGGGCACCAGCUGAAGUCAGAAACACAAUCGAGCAACUUGAAAUUCUUUGUAAUCCUUCCAUCGAACUUUUGACACUGCAAACACCCAGUAACAAACACUGAAAGACACAGCGACACACGGACCACACCUCAGAGGCUUGCAAGGACACUCCUGAGCUAACCAGGAAGAGCUGAAAACUGAAACAGAAAAACCGAUAUCCCAUGCGAGGCGCUUGACAUACUCAAGAUACGACGAUCGCCAGAUCUGAAGACAAUAUUAGUAUAAUUUUCGACUCCUAAGUUGAGCAUUUUUUUGGGACUAGGGCCAGAGGCUACAGGACUCGUAGGAUAACAGGAGAUUUACGGGCGGUGCGAGAGAUUAAAUUUAAAAUUGUUGCUAUUAUGGAACUUAGUUUUAUCUAGGAAAUAAAUGCGCACAAACACACACCCAAAUGCACGGCACACACGUACACACACACAGAUACACCCAGACACACACACCAGACACCAGAAUCGGCUGAAGAUCUAGAAGAUAUAUAGAACCAGGUUCAGUCACCGGGAGAGAGGGCAGAGAAAUUCAAAAAUGGCUUAGAGUGAGGGAUGCGUGAUCAAAAAAAAAAAAAGAAA